UUCAGUGACGGACGCGCGCCAACUCCCAAGAUCUGAAAUGGCUUGUAGUAUAUUCAAUCAGAAGCUCAUGGAAAGAGAGGAAACUAUACGGUACUGGCUCUUCCCACACCACGAGGACGGCUCCCCUGUAGUGGACGAAACAAAACUAGAAGAACUGGCUGCCAAACUGCUUGCUCAUGUUGCUCAAGACACCCACCAGUAUAUAUGGAACAAUCAGUCAUUCACACUUAGGGUACGGAAGAAAGCACCAUGUGACGGCGCCUCAGGAGUGCUGGGUCCUCACCUGGCUGGGGUGACCGUGGUGGGGGACAGGCUGGAAGAUGAAUGGUUUAUUGUAUAUCUCCUCCUCACCCUCACACGAGAUUUCCAUGGGCUAGUGUGCCGGGUCAUGGAUGAGGAGGGGGAGUUGCUGUUGAUAGAGGCGGCCAAUUAUCUGCCGCCCUGGGCCACCCCCGAAUCAUCUGAACAAAGGGUGUACCUGUACCGAGGCCAAGUACACCUGAUCCCCGUGGCUUCCUCGCCCGCCUCCCUCACACCACUACCCGCCGGCACCCCCUCCGUCAUGGACGCCGUCAGCACCGUCAGACGCCUCCCAGAACACACCAAAGCAACGCCUCAGAUCCAGAAAGCCAUCACCGUCAAAUUGGAUGGGUACCCCGGAAAGAUCAGCCGGGAGCAGUACGUGGCUCACGCCUACGUACCGGUGGGCGUGGCGGCGCUGCUGAGGGAGUACCCUACCUUGGUGGGCCCCGCCGUCAACGCCUUCUGCAAGAGAGACAUUAUCGACAACAAGGCGUUACGAGUUAUGCGGCACUUUCCACCCGAGACUCGUGUGAUGACUGCAGUGCGCUUCAGCAAGUCUCUUUAUGCUCAACUGUCAGCUCAUCGCUACUCGCCAGACGCUCGUACUGGCUGGAACUUGCCCUCUCCUCUACAUAGUGAUUUUAAAACCCAUGACACUGGCAUGAAACUGGCUUGUGGGUUUGAGUUGUUGGUGUGUAGUGCUGGUGGUGUGACCCCAGCCUCCACGCCCACUGAACCUUCUCCACCAGAUGUCAGCUCACAACUUGAUGUAACAAACAAUCCACGGUGGGAGCGUUAUCGCCAAUCUCUCGUUGAAAAGGGCUAUUUUCGGGGUGAGUUAGAGGGAUCGGUGCUCUACAAAGAUCUUGAGGAACGUGCCCGUCAGUUUUUCGUGAGUCACAUCUUGUCCGGUGAGAGUUCAGAAGACAAUGAUGUUCUGUCUGCUGGAUCCAUUAUUAUCAAGCUGCUGGGAAAGAUCAAUGUGGAUUACGAGUUCUACAGGGAGCGAGCAACUCGACUUGUUCCACCAGAUGAUGACAGCUGGCUACACAUCACCCCAGAUGCUUUGGAUGAAUUAUUGGAAACUCAAUUUGGUAGUAAGGAUGCUCCUAAAGGUGCCAGUGAGACAGAAAUGAUGAAUUCACUCACAGCAUUCCUUGGGCACAUGUCUGACCUAGAGGGUGCUGAGGUGCCCAAAGACCUACAAGACCGCAUCAGGAAACUUUCUACACUUUCUACUGGACGAAAGGGCAGCAAAGGGAGAAAACCAUCUAGCCUUAUGGUACAUCCUCAAGUUCGCAAGAUCUCUUCACAGUCCAAUGCUUCUGAUGCAUCUGACAUGUCUUCAUUCUCAAAUAAAGUCGAUUUCAAUGCAGAUGCCUUCACUGAUGCUAUGGCUAACAUCUUAGAAUUAGGUGUUCCUGAAGAUGAUUAUUGGAAUCAUUCAGAGGACGAGUCAUCAGGCAUGAGUAGCUAUGGAGAGGAGGACACAGGGGAUGUUAGCCUAAGUCGUAAGUCCUCCAACACGUCUCAGAAAUCUGCCGCGUCUACUGUGUCGGCGACUUCCUCUGGUGUGGACACGCAAAUGAAGGAAUAUAUGAGAGAUAUGGAAAGAGAACUCGUCACAAAUCUUGGAGAUUCUCUCAUUUCAAACCACAAUGGAAGCGACGGAGACGAUGAAUUUGACGACGUGGAAGACUUUGCACCAGUGAAGGUGGACAUGCAAGCCGUACAGGACUUGGUAAAAACCUACACUGCACAAAAUGGUUUGCCAGGACCAGCUUCUUCACUUCUGGGUUCAAUGGGCAUGAAACCUAAAAAAAUUUAAACUAGAAAUAUAUAACUUAAAAGCAUUUCAAAGGGGUUCUGACAAUAUGUGAAUACGUAUAGCAUAAAUUAUUGAGAGUAAUCAUUAUUUUAUUUAUUGUAUAAUGCUUUUGGAAAGAUAUAAUCUCAUUUUUGGCAAUAAUUCUAAUAUAGAAAUAAUAUAUAUACUGUAUAUAUAUUAUGUGUGUCCUGUACAGUGAGGAGGGUUAAUUUAAUCCACUACGUAUAUGGAGAAGACUGAUUUGAUCAAUGUGGCAGCUUUUUGCAUAAUUAAUAUAAUGAAUUAAAAACUUUGUUGCCGUGAGGGAGUUGUGGCAUCAAUUACUUUAGUUGUCUCCCCUGUGAGUGAAAAAUCAUCAGGAAUGACUGUAAAGUCAUUGAUGUUCUGCUCAACUGUGAUUCUAUUUUAAGUUUUGUGUUGUUUUUGUUUACUCGUGAGGGGAAAUACAUAUACCAAUUUUCAUGUUUUCUGUGGUUCAUUUUUUCUACUAAAGUUAGAUUGUAAUAAAAAAUAUUCAAUCUAGGAAACAUUGUAGUAUCAAGGUUUCCAUUUUCUGUUUUUAAAAUUUGGGGGAAAUUCUUAAGGAUAUUGUAAUAGCAAGUUGAUGAGGGUCACAUGUUUGCCAGUAAAGAGAAAGGGUAUUAUUUCUGUGGCCAAAACCUCAGAACAAAAACAGAUUAGUCUUACUGUUGGCAUUAUUAAUGAGUAAGGUGUGUUUGUGUCCGAGUUGUGCUGACUUAGUGGUAAGGAUUCCGAAGUGGAAUUUUAAGUUGAUUUACUUAACAUUAUUCUGAGGCAUUCAUAGGUUAGUGAAUACAAGAUACUCACAUCUUGUUCUGAGUCUGAUGAUAUUUUUUAAAUACUGUAUAGAAAUUUCAGAACAAUUCAUAUACUGUAUUAUAUAUACAUAUAUAUAUAUUUUUUACAUGAGUUUAUACAAUUACACUACAAAUUAGGUUAUUUUUAACACUACAGUCUAGUAAAAUCUAUCAUAAUUUAUUGUAUUUAAUUAAUUGGCAUAUUUAUUUUAAGAGUAUUCUUCUCUGACUUAAUACAGUAAUGUCACAAUAAGAAAAAUGUAAUCUUAUCCAGGUACGAAAUAUCUUCCAAAGAUUUCCUUGACAACGAGUACAAGCUCUCUCUCUCUCUCUCUUUCUUUCUUGUAUAUGUUAUCUCUGCAGUUUGUGACAAAGCUAGCAAAUUCAGAGGCUACAGUAUUCAAAAAAACUAUUUUGUUACCAUAAUUGUUAGAUUAAGACAAUGAAUAUUAAGAGUUGCUUGAAGAAUACAGUUGUAAAUAAAUUGCACAAUUGUGGAACAUAUUAUUAGCUCUUCAAAGUGACAUUUGAUUUGCUUUUGAACAAUUAAACAUUGUAUAUAUCUGCAAUAUUACAGAUAAUAAAUCAGAUUACUGUAUUGUAUAACAAAUAGUUUGAUGUUAAAGCACAUGAAGCCUUAAUGAUGGUAGGGUGUGACUGGUGAUUUGUGACAAAUUCCUUGCCAUUUGCUUGCCUCUUCAAAUGCUGUGACCAAGAGCUGACACUCUUGCAUUAGAAUGUCGAUAAACCUUUUAUAACUUUUUUUGGCAAUAAAUGUAUCUGCAUGC